GCCGCCGCGCAUGCGGAGUAGCGGUGCCGCAGCGGGAGCGAGGCCGGCGGCGCGGAAGGACCUUGGUGCGGAGCGAGGAAAUCCAGUCACCAUGUCGGCUGCACUGUUGCCAAAGCCCCAGAUGCGGGGCCUUUUGGCCAGGAGGAUGAAGUUUCACCUCAUUGGGGCAUUUGUGGUGUCUAUGGGAUCUGCACUUUUGUUCAAGUUUGCAGUUGCUGAACCCAGGGAAAAAGCUUAUGCAGAUUUCUACAGAAACUAUGAUCCCAUGAAGGACUUUGAAGCCAUGAAAGCAGCUGGUGUGCUUGAGAGUGCACCAUCCAAGAAGUGUUGGUAAGCUGCACCUGCAGAUUCCUUGCAUUUCAAGAAGACUUGAUGAUUGAACCUUGUUUGUUCACUGAAGUGUAAAGUGCAAUGCGCCACAGUGCAUGGCACACUAAUGCAGCUCAAUAAAUAAAAUACAUAUGUCAGUGA